AUGUUAUUUGUCUGGUUGGCAAUCGUCCUGCCACCCACGCUGGUAUUCGCUUAUGUCGCGUUAUCAGGCCUCUUCCUUCUCAUUCGCUCUGGUCUCCAGGACCCCCAAUCCCGUCGUCUGGCCCCUCUCCUCGUCGCCCUGAUCAUCUCCUCCGGCUACGUCCUCUCUUUCCACGAAGCUUCCCGUCCAAUCUGGAAGGGUGUUGUCGGUCCCUUUGUCUCCCAGAUCCUGCUCCAACUGGGAUCCAUUAUUCUCAGCGCCCCUGUUUUGUCAGGUUCUGGUUCUUCAUCGUCUGGUGCUUCGUUAUUGGAGAAAGGCGAAGAUGCGUUGGUUGCAUCGAUGCAAGCAGCAGGUGUGGUUGGGAAGGACUGGUUGAGUUCGGGGGAGUUGUCGCCAAUUAUUCAGAGGGAGGCGCAUAUCUCGCACCUAGUCGCCCUAUUCUUGGGACUGUUCAUGUCCUCGUAUGUCACCGCCAUGACCGAUUCGCUCAAAAAGAGGAAGAUUCCCAAGAACAUGUACUCGUUCGCGGACACCUCGUUUCGCAUCGUGCUCAGUCUCGAGUUCUAUCUCGGCACCACCCUUUGGUUCCGAUUCUGCUUGGCCCCCGUCGCAGCCUACCUCGGUCUGACCAACGGCCCCGUCGCCGCCGAGAAUGUCGAUUGGAUGGGAUCGCUGGUCUUGGGGUUCUCCCACACGACCGCGUUUGCGUUCGGAAAUUUCUUGUACCAGGAUUAUUACCGCCGUGGGUUUGACAAGAAGCCCGAGUAUGCGUUCAUCAAGUACUAUUCAAUCUACGGAUCGAUCUUUGUCAUCGGAAGGAUGACCACCCAGAUCCUCUGUUCCAUGAGGAGCUGCACUCGUGAAGGAGAGGCUCUGCUCAUGCUUGCCAUCUACUUCUUGGCCUUCCUUCAUGUCACCAUUGAGAACGAGACCUUUCACAAUGUCGUGUGGCCCUUGAUGACCGUGGGCAGUUUCGCGAUCUUCUUCUUAGACGCCUACAUCAAACCCCUGGUGGCCCAGGCCUUCAACACCCUCAUGGCCCCUCUCACAACAGCCCCGCCACUCUUUGUUAUCCUCCUGACCAGUUUCCUCUCCGUCAGCAUCUUUCGUUACCUUCAAAGCGGACCCGCCAUCCCCGAAGACGCCCCCGUCUAUGAGCAGAUCCAUGACCAGAAGCGUCGCGCCUCUUACUUUCCACCACCCUUCCCCAACGGAUGGUACAAACUUGCCCGUUCAGGAGAUGUCAAACCGGGUCAGGUCAUUAGCGUGAAUGGAUUAGGGCGCUCGUUUGCGGUCUUUCGGGGCGAGACGGAUGAAGAGGUUCAUGUCCUGGACGCGAUGUGUCCUCAUCUGGGAGCCAAUAUAGCGAUUGGAGGGGUGGUCGAAGGAGAUGGAGUUCGAUGCCCUUUCCAUGGGUGGAAAUUUGAUGGCAGUACUGGACAGUGCAUCGAUAUCCCUUAUGCGAAAUCAAUCCCGAACAUGGCCAAGACCAAGCGUUGGACUCAUCGAGAGUUUGCGGGCAUGAUUGUGGUUUGGUACGAUGCUGAGGAACGCGAGCCCAUGUACGAGCCGGUGCCCUUCCCCUUGGCUGAGGGCACUUUCAACCGCGUCGGAUACCGUCGUGGAACUCUGCCCAUGCACAUCCAGGACUUUGCCGAGAACGCCUCUGACUGGAUGCACUUCAGUCUACUGCACGACAAGCUGUCGAUCCCGAUUCUGGACCGAUUCUUCUACGUCAAACACCGCACCGAAUGCAACUACGACCCCGAAACCAAUCCCUUCAAUUUUGUCUUCAACGACUACCCAACCGUCCACUCCAUCUUCUCCGACGAGCCCAUCCAAGCCGCCGAAGCCAUGGCCCAAGUCGAGUUCACCGGACCCGGAGGACUUGUCUAUUUCCGAUUCUUCACUCCCAAGGGCCAAGUCGUUCUCAUCAAAUCUUUCCUCCCCGUUGGAGAGAAGGGUCUGCAGUUAACGAUGGAGGACGAGGCGUAUGCGGAAAAGUCGGUUCCGCUCUUCGCAGCCCGCCAUGUGAUCCGGGAGGCCAACAAGGCGUUUGAUGAUGAUAUCUUUGUGUGGCGACACAAGACUUAUAAGCAUAAGCCGUUGCUGGUCAAGGAGGAUACACCCGUCAAGCAGUUCCGGGAUUACUACCGAAAGUUUUAUUCGCCCAACAGUCGUACCUAUGCCCACGAUCAUCUCGACUGGUAG